AUGUCCAAUCCAGACCCUGUAACUGCUUUACUUGGUAAUGACCAAUUGACUGGUGAUAACUAUGUGAAAUGGAAAUCGAACAUGAACAUUGUUUUGAUAAGUGAAAACCACAUAUUUAUCCUAAAAGAGGAAUGUCUUGAUGUUCCUACUCUCACUGCUGUCAAAAUUGUUAGAGAAAAAAAGAAGUUUGAAACUAUUGAAACAUCUUAUGAGAUUUGUGAAUCUCUACAAGGCAUGUUUGGCCAGCAAUAUGAUAAGUGCAAACAUGAUGCUAAUAGAAGCUUCAUGAAUAUGAAAAUGAAUAAAAAUGUUUCUGUCAUAGAGCAUGUCCCAGAUAAGAUCAACAUAUUGCACGAUACAGAAAUCCAUGGUGUGACCAUUGAUGAGAGAAUUCAAGUGGAGACUUGA